GGCUGCCCGCUGCCCAGACACACCUGCAGCCCUGCCCAGGCGCUCUGCUCACCCACCGAACACAGUGACUGGCCAGACAGGAGCCCACAAUAAGGACACCAAGGUGGCUUGGCUGAGCUGGGGCUGCUCCUGUACCUGGCACAGGUGCAUCUGAGAAUCUCCACCCCUAACAUCUUAUAAAUACUGCAGACAUGAGCCAGCCCAGGCCCCGCUACGUGGUAGACAGAGCCGCGUACUCUCUCACCCUCUUCGAUGAGGAGUUUGAGAAGAAGGAUCGGACUUACCCAGUGGGAGCGAAACUUCGCCAUGCCUUCAGGUGCUCCUCCACCAAGAUCAAAACUGUGGUGUUUGGGCUGCUUCCUGUGCUCUCCUGGCUCCCCAAGUAUAAGAUCAAGGAGUACCUUCUCCCGGACCUGCUUGGCGGACUCAGUGGGGGAUGCAUCCAGGUGCCACAAGGCAUGGCAUUUGCUCUGCUGGCCAACCUCCCUGCAGUCAACGGCCUCUACUCCUCCUUCUUCCCCCUCCUGACCUAUUUCUUCCUGGGAAGUAUACACCAGAUGGUGCCAGGUACCUUUGCCGUUAUCAGCAUCCUGGUGGGUAACAUCUGUCUGCAGCUGGCCCCAGAGUCAAAAUUCCAGGUCUUCAACAAUGCCACCAAUAAGAGCUAUGUAGACACUGCAGCCAUGGAGACAGAGAGACUGCACGUGUCAGCCACGCUCGCCUGCCUGACUGCCAUCAUCCAGAUGGGUCUGGGCUUCAUGCAGUUCGGCUUCGUGGCCAUCUACCUCUCUGAGUCCUUUGUCCGGGGCUUCAUGACGGCUGCCGGCCUGCAGAUCCUGAUCUCAGUGCUCAAGUACAUCUUCGGACUCACCGUCCCCUCCUACUCAGGCCCAGGGUCCAUCGUCCUCACAUUCAUCGACAUUUGCAAAAAUCUCCCCCACACCAACAUUGCCUCACUUGUCUUCGCCCUCAUCAGCGGGCUGGUUCUGGUGGUGGUGAAGGAGCUCAACGCUCGAUACAUGAACAAGAUCCGCUUCCCCAUCCCCACAGAGGUGAUUGUGGUGGUGGUGGCAACAGCUAUCUCUGGGAGCUGCAAGAUGCCCCAAAAGUAUCACAUGCAGAUCGUGGGACAGAUUCAACGUGGGUUCCCCACUCCGGUGUCGCCUGUGGUUUCACAGUGGAAGGACAUGAUUGGCACGGCCUUCUCCCUGGCCAUUGUGGGCUACGUCAUCAACCUGGCUAUGGGCCGGACCCUGGCUGGCAAGCAUGGCUACAAUGUAGAUUCUAACCAGGAGAUGAUCGCCUUGGGCUGCAGCAACUUCUUUGGCUCCUUCUUUAAAAUCCACGUCAUUUGCUGUGCGCUCUCUGUCACUCUGGCUGUGGAUGCAGCUGGAGGAAGAUCCCAGGUAGCCAGCCUAUGUGUGUCUCUGGUGGUGAUGAUCACCAUGCUGGUCCUGGGGACCUAUCUGUACCCUCUCCCCAAGGCUGUGCUGGGAGCCCUGAUAGCUGUCAACCUCAAGAACUCCCUCAAGCAGCUCGCCGAUCCCUACUACCUAUGGAGGAAGAGCAAGCUGGACUGUUGUGUCUGGGUGGUGAGCUUCCUGUCCUCCUUCUUCCUGAGCCUACCCUAUGGUGUGGCAGUGGGUGUUGCCUUCUCCAUCCUGGUUGUGGUCUUCCAGACCCAGUUUCGAAAUGGCUAUGCACUGGCCCGGGUCAUGGACACUGACAUCUAUGUGAACCCCAAGACAUACAGUAGGGUCCAGGACACUGAGGGGAUUAAGAUCGUCACUUACUGUUCUCCUCUCUACUUUGCCAACUCAGAGAUCUUCAGGCAAAAGGUCAUUGCCAAGACAGGUAUGGACCCCCAGAAAGUACUACUUGCCAAGCAAAAACACCUCCGCAAGCAGGAGAAAAGGAUGAUGCCCACACAGCAGAGGAAAUCUCUCUUCAUGAAAACCAAGACGGUCUCCCUGCAGGAACUACAGCAAGACUUUGAGAACACAACCCCAACCGACCCCAACAACAACCAGACACUGGCCAACGGCGCCGGCAUAUCCUACAUCACUUUCAGCCCGGACACCUCAGCUGCCCCGUGUGAGCCCCCUAGAGAGCCCACUGACACUCUGGCCAGUGUCCCACCCUUUGUCACCUUCCACACUCUCGUUCUGGACAUGAGUGGUGUCAGCUUUGUGGACCUGAUGGGCAUCAAAGCCCUGGCCAAGCUGAGCUCCACCUAUGGGAAGAUCGGAGUCAAGGUCUUCUUGGUAAACAUCCACGCCCAGGUGUACAAUGACAUCAGCCAUGGAGGGGUCUUUGAGGACGGGUGUGUACAACGUGACCACAUCUUCCCCAGCAUACACGAUGCAGUCCUCUUUGCCCAGGAAAAUGCCAGAGAAGCAGUCCCAGGGCAGAGCUCCCAAGAGGCCCCAGGAGACACCGAGCUUUCCCUGUGUGACUCAGAGGAGCACAGCCCGGGCUACUGGGACUUAGAGCAGGAGAUGUUCGGGAGCAUGUUCCACACAGAGACCCUGACCGCCCUGUGAGGCCCGGCUGCUACCCAUGCUGCCUCCAGAGCACCUGGCACCAGGGACUGCAAAGAGUGACAGGGGAGGACAGUGUGGCCACCAGAAGCCUGGCUCUGCUCUCUCUCCUCCUUCUCCUUCCCCUUCUCCCUCAGCGGGAAGAGCUCACCACUGCCCCUGCUCCUCCCUGGGUGAGAGCCUAGGGAACUCACCUCCUCCAGCCUCAGUUCAGAGCAGCAGUGCCCAAGCCUCGGCCCACUCCAUGCUGCCCACCUUGCCCUGCCCAUGGCAGGCCAGGAAUGUUUUGACUUCCGGACUUCGAGAGUGAACCAAGGACAGGACAAGGACAACUGCACUGAUCUGGUGUACAAGCUUUGUAAGGGUCCUGGGGCCUACACAGGUUGGUGGAAAAGGAUGUCCUGCGAUCACAGGACACAGAGAUAAGCUCAGGAGCCCAAGGCUUGUCCCCUCCAGAUUCCUCCAACUCCAUACCUGGCAGCUGUGUACCACAUGCACUUGAUCUCCAAAACCUAGGAGUUUAUGUCUUGGUGAAACAUCCCUUCCUCUUCCAAUGGCCACUGCUGCUCAGCACUCAAACUCCAGCCUUGGCAGCGACCAGCCCCCUCCAACCAGCAGAGCUACCUCCCCAGGGAUGGCCCACCAAGGGGCUGCCUUGGCUUCUUGAAGCGCCAUUCGCUUCCCCCGAGAGGCUGCUCCCUUCCACUGGAGGCCAAAUAGAAGCUCAAGAAACAGGGAGGCAGGCAACUGGCAGAAUGCUCUGGCAACGUAGCAGCAGAUACUGGUGCCUCUGCCCAAAGGCUUUUUACCAGAGAUUUGGAAGGAGACGGGUGCUAGUGCCAAUCCAGGCCAAACUGGGGGGACCUGGGUCCUACCAGCUGCCCUGACCUCAAGGCCUAUCGGGAAAAUACCUCCCUUCAGGAUAUCUGCCUUAUCCUUCUUCACUUGGCAAAGAGCCAAUCAUGUUAAUUCUCCUUUAUCAACCUGAAGCCUGAAGUCAGGAGGGGACCCACCUGCAGUUGAGGGAGGAGGUCUCACAGGAUCAGCUGCACUCCUCAGGGGACCCAGAGGUGGUGAGGGAGGGUCCAGAUGGAUCUUACUCCACAGGGUGUCCUUAACCUCGAGACCUCAGUCUAUGUUCCUCUAGGAAAGACAAAAGUAGGAAUUCAGUUCUCUACCUAUGUAGGGAGGUACAUCCAGAGGAAACUCCAUAUAGAUAUAUAGAGGAGCCCCACAGUUGUAGGUUCCAUGUGCAAGUGCUUUGUAAAACUUCCAUGGAAGUGCACAAAAUCUUCUGGCCACUCUUCACUGUUUCUCCCAAGUUCCAUGUCCCAGCAGGUUGGGCUGGCCCAGCCUGGGAAGAAAUCCCAGUCCCUAACUUCAGCCUGCCCUGCAUUGUAUGUCUGUGUGUUUGGUGAGCUGGUCGGCUAGCAAGUCUUCCUAGAGUUAAAGGAGAGGGCGCUGGCCCAGCACCCGCAAAUUCUUGGCCAGAGGCGCUGCUUCUCAGUGAGUUCAUUAUGCCGCCCGGCUGCCAAUGGGACUCAAAACUUGGAAGGCGGAAGACAAUGUUAUCUGGGAUUCACCGUGCCCAGCACUUGAAGUGCCAAAUUCCAAGAGGAAAAAAGCCUCAGCCAAUGACAACCCACCCGCCCCUGCUCCACCUCCUUCAAAGUCUAGCUCAGGCCCAGAGGUGGAGGAAGGUCACAGAGCCCGAGGACAGCCUAAGUCAGAGUCUUCCUUUGAAACAAAGGUCUGGAUCCCAUGGGGACUUGAUGAAGUGACCAUUAACGAAUGCCCAGGCCAGCACCAGAACUGCAGGGGACUGCUAAUUCAUGGUGGCCAGAGUCCGGGCUCCAGAAAGGAUCUGUGAGCCAUCCAGGACAAUGAGCACACCCCAUGCUCCCACCUGGGGCGAGGUGGAGAAAACUGCUCUGUGGAGGUAUUUUGGGAAGAACACAACUAUUACACAAACCACUUUUCUGGAUAAUACCAACGCAGGGAGGGAGGGGGUAAGGUAAUAGAAUAAUCCAGAAUUUCAAUACUUUUGAAUGUUCUUACUGAUACUGACCUAUGAUGAUCUUAUUCCCAGGGAGGACUGGGAGCUUUGUCUCUUGAGAUGCUUGUGUAAUUUAUUUAAUUUAAAUGUCAUUCUCCUUUCAUUCAUUUUGGUAAUAAAGUGCUUUUGAAAUGUGAACGAGUGCACAUUGGGGUGGUUUAACAGAGAGGCCAUCAAGUCACCUCCAGGGAACCUCUGGCUUAGCUUGGCAUCUUGAGACAAAACAAGAACCUGAGAUUUACUCAUAGAUCUCCUAGCACCUCUCCAGUUUCUGCCUUUCCACUCUUACGGAUGAAUAAUUUUUUAAUGACCCAGCUAAAAAGUGGCAAUCAGGGAGAGAAG